GUCUAACUUUACCUUUGAGAUUUUCUCCUUUGAUCAUGAGGAAAAAUACUAGCCACCUCUAGAAAGGGGGGACUUGAACUCUUUUGUGUAGACUGAGGCAUACGUUUACCAUUUAUUUUUUGGCAACAUUGUUUUGCAUGACCUCACGCAUAAAAUGGGUGGAUGUUGCUGUCUUAUUGGGUGAGGGAGGGACUUGGAGGGCCAGGAUUUGGGACUAAAAAAAGUGAAUGUUUAAAAAAAAAAAAAAAGACUGAAUAGAGGGGAAAAAUUUGUUUGAGGCAUUCCCAAUUAACUUAUCUCACACAGGUUUGCACGGGAGACACUUCCUUCUCCCUUCACUCUCAGCCAAUCAGGGCCCUUUUCUGUCGACUUAAUUUCCCCGUGUGUCUGUUGUCAGGACCCUCACUUCUCUUCCCACUGUCCCCAUCAUCAUUCUCCAUUCCUCCCAGUCUCCCCAUCAAACCCCGCGCCUCACCUUCGCAGGGAGGCUUGGCUUUGGCUUCGGCUUCCAGGGCCCACUAAGACUUACACGGGCUGGGCCCCACCCACAGCCAGGCACCAAUCAGAUGUUCCUUUCGGGCUUUUGAGCUUUCAGUGGCCCCGGGAUUCCUAGCCCCACCCCCCGGAAGCGAACUUGGGCACUUUUGCGUUUCAGGAAAUUUGUCCCCCACGCUAUACCGUAGCCGGGUUCCGCUUCUUUUCUGCUUCCUCCGCUGCCAUGGCGGCUGCUCCGCCGCUCUCCAAAGCUGAGUAUUUGAAGCGUUACUUGUCAGGGCCCGAAGCAGCUGUCGAUGCGGGGUCGGAGGCUAGUCGUAAGCGCCGAAAGAAACGGCCGAAGCAGACUGGUGCCGGAGGCAAAGGAAUGAGGAUUGUGGACGAUGAUGUGAGCUGGGCAAAUAUUUCAACUAAGGCAGAAAAAGAAGAGGAGGAAGAUGAGGGAGAUUUGCCUGUGGUGGCUGAAUUUAUUGAUGAACGCCCAGAAGAAGUGAAGCAAAUGGAGGCAUUCCGGACCAGUAAUAAAUGGAAGCUCUUAGGAGAACAAAAGCAAGAUCUGUCUCCGCUCAAGAGGGCUCGUCACGACUCCCCAGACUCUUCACCUGCAAAGAGGGUCUGUCAUGACUCCCCGGACACAUCACCUCCGAGGAGGACCCGUCAUGACUCUCCAGACUCCUCACCUCCUAGAAGGGCCCGUCAUGAUUCGCCAGAUUCUUCACCUGCAAAGAGGGCCCGUCAUGACUCCCCAGACUCCUUAUCUCCCAGGAGGGCUCGUCAUGAUUCACCAGAUCCCUCGCCCCCUGGGAGGGCCCAUCGUGACUCCCCAGACUCUUCACUUUCCAGGAGGGCCCGGCACGAUUCACCAGACUCCUCACCCCCCAGGAGGGCCCGUCAUGACUCCCCAGACUCCUCACCCCCCAGGAGGGCCCGUCAUGACUCCCCAGACUCCUCACCCCCCAGGAGGGCCCGUCAUGACUCCCCAGACUCCUCACCCCCCAGGAGAAUCCAUCACGACUCCCCAGACUCUUUACCUCCCAGGAGGACCCGCCAUGACUCUCCAGACUUAUCACCACCCAGGAGAUUCCAUUCUCAGCUUUCAGAUUUAGCUCCUGAGGUUUGUCAUUCACUGUCUAGUAAAGACCCUGCUAAGUCCUCUCUUAGUCUGAAGGAGAAGAGCAGUAGACAUGGGGAUGAAUCUUCUCAAGUUAAAAAUCAAUCACCUUCCUCUCCUAGGCCAGGGAAACAGCUCCAUAACUCCAGAGACUCUUCUCCUAGCCAUAGGAAAUUCCAGAUAAACUCUUCAACCAAGAAACACCAGAAGCAUGAUAUAGAUUCUUCUUUUCCUGCAAAGAGCAACCAGCAGGACUCAGAUUCAGACCUAUCUCCUCCCCGGAACAAGCAGAAACGAGACUCUGACUCGGACCUCUCCCCACCAAGAAGGAAGCAGAAAGCCAAAUCUUCUGAUUCAGAUCUCUCUCCACCUCGAAGGAAUCCAUCUUCUGGAGCAAAGGCUGCGCAGAUGUUUUCUGGGGCCAAAACUGGGUUGGUGUCUGAUGUAAGGAGAGAGCAGCAGGAGCUGAGGAAGCAGGACCAAGAAACCAAACAUUUGGAAGCUGAAUUCCAAAAUGCUGAAACCAUUUUUCGAGAUAAGUCUGGCCGCAAGAGGGACCUGAAGCUGGAACGAUUAGAGCAACGACGAAAAGAAGAGGAGGAGUCAGAGAAAAAUGAGCAGUAUGCUCAGUGGGGAAAGGGCCUUGCCCAGAGCCGACAGCAGCAACAGAAUGUAGAAGACGCAAUAAAGGAGAUGCAGAAGCCAUUGGCCCGUUACAUCAAUGAUGAGGACCUGGAUCAGAUGCUCCGAGAGCAGGAGAGGGAGGGUGACCCCAUGGCUGAUUUCAUUAAGAAGAAUAAGGCCAAGGAGAACAAGGAUAAGAAAGAAAAGCCUCGCUACAAUGGCCCUGCACCUCCCCUCAACAGAUUCAAUAUCUGGCCUGGGUAUCGCUGGGAUGGUGUGGACAGGUCCAAUGGCUUUGAGGAGAAGCGUUUUGCCAGACUUGCCGGCAAGAAAGCUAUUGAGGAACUUGCCUAUAAAUGGAGUGUUGAGGAUAUGUAGCUCUUGUAACUGAGCAAUGGCUGUAGAUUCUGGUGGUGGGCAAAGACAGAAACCAGCCAGGGAGGGCCAAACAGUUUACAUAGACUAGCCAUUCAUGCUUGCCACCAGUGGCCCUGGAAGAGAGCUUAGACUUUCAUUUCUGUCCCCUGCUUGGGGGCAGCACCAUGACCCAGGAUGAUGUCCAUGUUCUUCAGCCAUUCACACAGCUGUUUCUACUAUCUUUUAAAUGACAUAUGCACCACUGAGGGUCAUACAAGUACCCCAGAGUUCAUUCUUCAUUGGGUUUUUUUUCCUAACAAAUAUACAUUUAUUUUUGUAA